UUAAUGACAUAUCUUCUUAACUUACUUUUAUUGAUUUUUGUCUUUGUAGCCAGAAUUGGUUAUUGAGAAACUGAGAUCAACUGCAAAACUAGAAAUGGAAACUGCUACUAAAUUGUCUACAAUCAAUUUAAGCAAGCUGAAUGCAACAAAUGCUGAAAUUGUUCAACAGUUAAAAGACCGAAUACAUGGACAGCAGUUUAAACGUGAGUUUGAUGAAAGCACUCGUUGUUUGGAAGAGCUAAUAAAAUCAAUGAAUGCUGAAAUUAAGGAGAAAACAGCCUUAAUAUUAUUACUGGAGCAGAGUGAAAUUUAUUACGAUACCCAAAGGGGUGAAGCUAAAAUUGUUGCAAAUGCAUAUAAGAAUUUUGGUGCUAGAGUGAAAACUUUGCAAAAAAAAUUGGAAGAACUCACAGCAACAUUUCCUAGUCCAAUACCUUCUCCUUGUCCAGAUGCUCCAUCUCCAACCACAUCAGAUCAAGAACUGGAACUGAAUCUCCCUAAUGAUAAAGAUAAAUCAAUUCAAAAGGAAGUGGAGAAUCUAGAAAAUGCUCCGUCACCUGUUGGCUCUCCAGAAGGUUUGAAUCUUUCUCCUGAACCCAAAGAAGAGACAAAAGUGCCAGUCACCACAGUCCAGAGUGUGGGAAAUCCUAUACCAACACUUUCAAAUUUCUUUUCACAUGAGCAAACAGGCAUGACAUCAUGGUUGGAUGCAUUUUCAAACAAGAAAACUCCUGUUGUUGAAAAAGAGGAAAUUAAAAAUGAUCCAAGUAGCCUUGAUAGCAGACUAUCAAAUUUACUUCAGAAUAUACCUAAUCUACCCUCAAGUUUACAGACAUCGCUUUUUGGAAGCACAUCAUCUGGAAACAAUACUCCGUUACAAGAUACAAAUUCUCCAGUCAUUAAUAAAAAGGAAAAGCUUCCUGACACAUUUUCAAGUGCAGAAGGAACAACUCCAAUCAAAGAUGAGUAUAGUGGGCAAAACACUCCUCUUCAAGAUGAAGAUACCCAUUCAAGUCAUGCAUUUUUUACCAAGUUAGCUUCCAGCAAUAAAACUCACAGUCCAAAAGAUAUAUUAAAAGGUUUGACUAGUUUAAUACAGUCGGCAUCAGGAGAUAAAACAGAUGAAAACCACAAAAAAGAAAAGUAUGCAUUUAAUUCCACUGAAGCGUAUGACCAAGAAGGGGGUAUGUCCUCUUUUAUUAAAAAAAUAAUUCCAUCUAUUUCUCAGACAUCACAUCUUACAUCUUCACCUUCUACAUAUUUUAAUUCACCUCAGCCACCAUCUUCAAGAACUGUACCAGUUGUAACUACUACUAAUGUAAAUUCAUAUCAAACAUCAACAUUUCAUGAUGUACCGACAUACACAUCAAAAUCUGAGCCCAGCCGAGAAGGUUUGUCAUAUAUCCCUUCACUUGUGCCUUCAACACCACUUGAUAAUUUUAGUUUUGUCCCUGAUGCAUUUCCAGACACUGAAUACAAUCCUGAAUUGGAAAAUUUUGAUACAAAUAUGGAUGUAGAACUUCCUAUCAAUGACAGUGAUCUUGAUAUACCAUCACCUGAAAUAGAACCAUUGUCUCCAGUACCUGCUUCUUCUGAAAGUGAUGUACCUCGAUCCAUUAGUGGAAGAAGGCUGAGUACUUUGAUUACAGUAGUGACUAAAGAUUCCCCCGACGACAGUCUUCCAGUGAGUUCUAUGUAUUCUUCAGAUGAUAUGUACAAAAGUGACAAAGAAAAUGUUACAGAAGAAUCAUCUGCCUGGAUUGAUAAUUCUAGUUGUGUUGAGAAAAGCAUUGUUCCUCCUUUACCUGAAGCUACUUUAGGCAAAGUUUCCCCUAAUGAAGAAUUCUUCAUAGGAAAAACGGAACCAACAAUACCUCCUUUUUAUGCAACAAUUCCACCACCUCCAGUAAUUGAUCAUAAUGCUCCAAAUGGUCAAAGUAUGGAAUUUUUAACUCCUAACAAUACUACAGUUGAGAGUCCACUUUCAAGGAUAGAGACUGUGCAAUCUCAUAGAGAGGAUUUAAGCAAUGGAAGAUGGUUCAACAAUAAUUGGACUCAAAAUGAACGAAGAAAUCUUGUACCACCACCGCCGCCACCACCACCUCCACCAUUUAAUUGUGGUUUACAAGACACUCGCUUUUAUGGGAACAAACGUUUUCCUCCUCCACCAAAUUUUCAUCCAAGAAAUAGUAACUGGUCUCCCAGAAAUCGACCAGAUAAUUCAUUUCAUCAUCCAUAUGGACCACCUCCAAAUAAAAGGUUUCCGUUUAGAGGCAGGGGGUGGGGAAGGCAAAGGCAUCAGUAUAAUUAAAUGUGAGAGCACUGAGUGUUUUGUUUAGCUCUUAUGAAUAUUUGCAUGAAAAUAAGCAAACAUAAUAUUGAAAAUGUAUAUGUUCUUCACUGAUGAUAAUACACCAGUGAUUAAUGAUAUUUUAAAAUUUAUCAUGAAGCUUUAUUUUUCAUUCUGUAUAGAAAUAUUAUCAUUCAUCCACAGCUACACUUGAACUGGAAAAAGUGUUUUGUUUCAAUGAGGAAAAAUUGUUUUUUCCCCCUCCUUUACAUUCAUCUUUUGAUAUUACAAGAAUUGUUUUUGUUAAUGAGAUUGAAGGCAUAUAAUUCAGUACUUGUUGUUUGAACUCUACUUUUCAAAUAUAUUCGUGUCUUUUAGGGCUGCUGUUUUGUUCCCAGUGUUCUUAAAAGACAUCUUUAAAAUAAAAAUGUACUAUAGCGAUGUAA